UUCUGGUUAUGACCCUCACGAUGUCAGCUGGUUGCAUCUCUCUGCAGCACCACCAUGUCAAGUAACCUCGUUCAGCUCACGCCGCCCAAACAGCUAACGCAGCAAGAACGUGAAACCAAACACCCCGAGCUCUACGCCUUGGCAGAAUAUUCUUUGUCGUCUUUGCCAGAAAAGGCGAAAUCCGAUAGAAGAAAUGCGUUUAAUAAAGGGUUAAAUGCAUGGGCGCAACAGCUACUAGAACAUACGUGGGUUGUAUGCGGAGAGCCAGACGGAGAAAGCUGUCCUGAACUAGAUCCUUAUGCCGAUACUUCCACCGGUCAACUGCUUAAACUACCUCAUGAGCGGGACCUUAAGAGAAUCCUUAACGCCAUCCUUUUCCUGCAUAUCACAACGUCCAAGGAGUAUUCUGCUAGGACGCGGUCGUUUCUGAACACUUUUGGCAGCAUGGACGAAGACAUCAUAGUGUCUACACUUAGACAUCCAGACCGUGCCAUCGAAGAGGCGCAACAACAUACCCAGACUACUACCAAAGAUCACGCAAAGAGAAAUAAAGUGCUGAGAAUGGCCGGGAUGGGCCUUGGCGCAGUUGUUGGGGGCGUAUUGGUCGGGGUCACUGGAGGUUUGGCUGCGCCGCUUGUAGGUGCUGGAGUUACAACUGUCGUUGGGUGGCUCGGCAUCGGUGGGACGAUUGCAGGUUUGCUAGCCAGCGGACUAGCAGGAUCUUCUGUCGUCUGUGGGGCACUAUUUGGCGUGUACGGCGCGAAGUCUACGGCAGAUAUGGUACAGAGACAUACGAGGGAAAUACGGGAUUUAGCUGUUUUGCCGGUGGGCGUUCAGUCCGAAGAAACCCUUGCCGUCCGGCUUUGUGUUAGUGGGUGGAUAUCGUCGCCUAUCGUAACGUUCGUAACGCCUUGGACUGUGUUCGGAGGCCAUAACACAUUUGCUUUGCAAUGGGAAGUCCAAGCAUUGCAAGAGCUAUCAGAUGCGCUUCUCACUCUUAUCAAAUCUCACACCAUGAAAUACAUCAAGAUUGAAAUUGUCAAGCGCACCGUCUUUGCGAGUUUGAUGAGCUCUUUGGCGCCUAUUGCGUGGCUGAAGAUAGGGCAAAUCAUUGACAAUCCUUGGAUGAACUCCAAGGCAUUGGCUAUCAAGGCUGGGGCACGGCCGGCGACUCUGGCUGGCUAUUCCUUGGGAUCCUUGGUAAUCUUCGAGGCACUGAAGUACCUCACCACCCUUCCACCAUCAAACACUGGGGAUCUAAUUGAAGACGUCUUUCUUUUCGGGACUCCCGUAUCAACAGACCAGGCGACGUGGGCCAGUAUAAGACGGCUAGUAUCAGGCCGACUCGUCAAUGGUUAUUCCACGAACGAUUAUGUCCUCGCCGUACUUUCACGCGUAUCGAGUGUGACUUGGAACGUUGCAGGUCUUCAUUCGGUUGAUGUCAUGGGCGUAGAGAAUGUCCACUGCGAUUUUGUUGAUGGGCACACCAUGUGGAAAGAAUUGAUAGGGAAAUCAUUGCAGCUUGUCGAUGCUCCUGGAUUGGUCGAUUCUGAAAUCUAUCUUCGGACGGAGGAUAUCGACAGGCAAGGGGAGGGGGAUUUGGGAUCAAGCCAAGAGGACUUGCCUCAGAAGGGUACAAAGUAAGGUUGUAUAGGACAUUAUGGAUUAGAUUGUUUUUUAGAGUUCAAAAUUGUUGCUAUCCUGUCCUGCGAGUUCUGCACGACCAGGAACCAGCAAUGACUCUAACGAUGAUAAGUUGUCAAAUAUUAUUAGGAUGGAUUUGCUACGCACUGAUGAUGGCAUCAACUCUAGUAGUUAGUCCUCGGAAAAUGCCGGCUCAA